AUGGCUCCCUCCAGCCUUAAUGCAUUCCUCGAGAUAGAAAGCUCGCCCCAACUCACUAGCCCUCGACCUGCACUACGCAAAGACAAGCACGGCGCUGCCCAAGCACCAUCAGACUAUGAGCUGGAUGAUAUUCAGCAAGCCAAAGACUCAACUCGAGUGACUUCUAAGUCUGUGGCACCGCCAACGACAUGUCCUCCUUCGCCAUCACCAAGCGAGCUGGAGCAGCGUCUAUCGAUGCCUCAAGCUACACACGAAACCCCUACAUGGGCUGUAGACCGAACUGUCACAUCAUGGAAAACAAAAUGGCGGAUGUCCAGCGUCUGUCUCAUGAGUCUCGGCAGUGGAAUGAAUGACAGCGCACCAGGUGCACUAAUUCCCUACAUCGAAAAGCAUUAUAACAUUGGAUAUGCCAUUGUAUCUUUGAUCUUUGUGACCAACGCACUAGGUUUCAUCCUGGCAGCUCCUCUCACUCAUUCGAUCGAGCGUAAACUUGGCCGUGCAAGGAGCUAUGCUCUCGCACUAUCUGUUCAGGCAAUUGGCUACGUUGUUAUCAUCUGCCAGCCCCCAUUCCCCGCUGUUGUCGCCAGUUUCUUUCUUCUAGGAUUCGGCAUGGCCCUCGCUCUUGCUUUGAGCAACGUAUACUGUGCCAAUCUCGCAAAUUACACAACGGCUCUAGGCUGCUCCCAUGGCUUCUAUGGCAUUGGCGGCAUCAUUGCCCCGCUAUUUGCGACAGCUAUGGUGUCUGACGGGAUAAGGUGGUCAUUCUUCUACAUUAUUACCCUGGCUGUGGCAAUCUUCAACUUAGGAUAUGUCUCGUGGGCCUUCCACCGCUUCGAAAAUGACUCGCCCAAUGAGCCACCACUGGCUGCAAGGUCAACAACCUCACACGUCAACGAUGGAGAGCCUCCUUCGCGAACCCAGGUCCUCAAAAAAACGAUUCGCAAUCGUACUACCCUUCUCGGUGCUCUCUUCAUCUUUGCCUAUCAGGGUGCCGAAGUCUCCAUCUCAGGCUGGGUCGUCUCUUUCCUCAUCAGUUAUCGACACGGCGAUCCAUCGCAAGUUGGAUAUGUCAGCGCCGGCUUCUGGACUGGAAUCACAGUCGGUCGAUUCUUGUUGACGCACCCAGCUUCCAGUAUCGGUGAAAAGAUCGCCGUUGCGGGCAUGAUAGCAGGUGCUGUUGCGUUCCAGCUGUUGACCUGGCUGGUCCCAAAUGUCAUCGGAGAUGGCGUCGCGGUUUCUAUCCUAGGCCUUCUCCUUGGUGCUGUUUACCCGUGUGCCACAUCGGUUUUUACCAGGCUCAUUCCGCAUAGCAUGCAAAUCUCUAGUCUGAGCUUUAUCAGUGCUCUUGGUAGCAGUGGUGGUGCCGUUUCGCCUUUUUUUACUGGUAUACUUGCACAAAAGGUUGGCACGAUAGUCUUACAUCCGAUUUGCAUUGGGCUCUAUGGCGUCAUGGCUAUCAGCUGGCUCUUGUUGCCAAAAGUUGUUAAGAGGACUGAGUAG